ACUCACUCACUCACACUCACACUCACACACUCACUUUCUAACACACAACAAGAGCGAUGAUUGAAUCUUAAUUUGCUCCCAUUUUGCAAAUCUGUUUGAUGGGAUUGCACGCGGAUUGUGGGGUACCCCACUAAAGACCUCAUUUGAGUCCUCAUCAGCACACUUGGUAGACAAACUGCAGAAUUGGGCAAACAUGAAGCCAUAGUGUUGCUGUUGCUUGUGUUGGUUUUGCAACCAGUGUUUGAUGUUGCUGCUGCUGUUGCUACUUUAUCUUCGGCAGCUUGUUGCAGAAGCUGAGAGUCCUGAGUCUCACUAAAUCAGUCCAGUCAUGGCAAGAAUGCAUGGUGCAUCGACGGUGGGGGAUGUGGAUGUCGACGCCAAGGAGGACGAGGAGGAGGCCUGGAAAGUUCACCGAGGCAACGUGAAGAGAGAACAGUUGCUGCAGUCGCUGCAAGGCAGCAUUCAUUUUGAGAAGAUCUUGACCAAGUCGAAUACAGACCGGCCUGGGAAAAAAUCUUGUUUGUUGGGAUUGCCCGUCUGGUUUGUGCUGGAGCAUGGGGAUAAGUUUCAAAGAGAUGUUGUUCUUCGAUCUGGAUCGUCCCCGAAACCAUGGAUGCCGUGGGAUGUACGGCUCAGCGUCCACGUCAGAUAUUCUACAUAUCCGGAUGUGAAUUUUUCUUAUGGCUGGAAGGGUUUUUCUGCCGCAUGUGACCUCAGGGUGGGCGAUUCGCUGAUUUUCCUUCUCACGGAAUUUUCAGAAUUUGAAGUCCACGUCUUUCGGAGGACUGAAAACCCGGAUGUAUCCUCUCUUUUAACAGGGGAAAAUCAGGGGGAUGAUUCCGAUCUUUUUCGGGAGAAAGUAAGUAAAUCCCAUGGGAGCACAAGUCGAUACAUGCCUACCGAAAGUUUUGUGGAGUUAGUGCCACAUGACUCCUGUGGAUCAAUUGAAAAGAGGGGGACUAUCGGAGGUGAGGGUGCAGUUUCUGCCUCCCCGGGUGGUACGUCACUCAAAAACUCCAACUGCAACAUGACUACGAAGGGAAAUGAGCAAUCGACUGCUAUGAGAACCCUUGUUGGCACAUUGGAAUGCCAAGUGCAACCCACAGUUCACCACAAAGAGAACGCGAUUCACUUCCCUAAGACUGGCAGAUUCGGACAACAUACCAGUAAAUCGCCGGAAGUCGCUUAUUUUAAGAAGACAAUAACACCUUCAAAUGUGGAUCGGAACAAUAAAAAAUUUUGUUCCUUGCUUAUGCCCAAGUGGUUUGUUCUACAGCAUGGAGACAAGUUUCAAAGGUCUGUCGUACUUCGGUCCGGAUCAUCUGCAAAACCGUGGCAGCCAUGGAAUGUCGUCGUCAAAAUGUGGAGAAGACCAGAAUGUGAAAAUUUCUCACCACGGGUGGCUUUUACCGCUGGAUGGAAGGAUUUUGCCACUUUUUGUGGUCUACGAAUAGGCGAUGCGGUUGUUUUCAAUCUUCGGAAACUGUCCGAAUUCGAUGUCCACGUCGUUCGAGGAGUGGGGACAUCCAUGCCAUCUGCAUUUCAAGGACCGCGAAAUUGGGAUGUUGUUCCUGAACCUUUACAAGAGAUUGAAAACAUUCUCUUUACCCCACCAGAACUUUGUAUGGAUUUGCAGAAAAGCCCGGAACAUGCUGGAGGAGACCAUCAGGAGCACAUGAUAUCUUUUCCUUAGAAAAGCAGACUAGCACAAAACACCAGACUCAUGCAGAUCCAGCUCGACAAUAAAAUGAGGUAUUAUUUCGAAGCUUCCAUGAGCAACUAACGCUCACCCACGUUCAGGAGUACACUAAGCCCUUGUAGGAUACAUUGAGCUCGAAUUGUAAGUUCUUCAACCUUGGUUAUUGAUACAUUCCCGCAGUGAUAUCUAA